AUGCCCCUGAUCAGUGACCUGCUUGAGGGCCUUGAUAAGGCAUUAUGGUAUUGCUCGCUGGAUAUGGCCAGUGGCUUCUGGGUCAUGCCCACGACGGAUCGGACUCGCGAGAUCUCAGCAUUUAUCACCCUGUUUGGAUUAUUCGAAUGGAGUCGCAUGGCUUUUGGCCUGAAAAAUGCCCCGCAGAUUUAUCAACGCCUCGUAGACAACACGCUGUAUGGAUUUCUGAAAAUCUCGCGAUCAGGCGACGCCGGGGCUACAGCGGGCGUGUUCCAGACAGAGAUCGCGGACGAUCCUGAUCGUGGGUCAGUGUUGGGACGGAGAUCAUACAUUGACGACAUUAUGAUCGCAGCCGAAUCGUGGGAUUAA